CCAGAAACCUAGGUAAAAAAUGAAGUAAAAUUGGUAACACUAGAAAAAGUGUGAUAACGUGACGUACAAAAUGUCAAACAAACGUAAAUCAACGAAACUCGACCACUUGUUAGAAUUUUAGAAAUCGAGAUAAUUUUAAAUAUAUUUGGGGUAGAAGAGAUUUGAAUACAAUAAUUUUAUGUUACCUACAUGAUGUCUACAAAUCAAGAUAAAACUCACGAUGUUAUUGAAUCUAAUGGUAAUUUGAAUAAAGAGGAACCUCGGAAAACUUGGGUGAAAUUCGAUGAUGAAUCUCCACAAACUAAUGGUCACCAAUCUGACGGAAAAAUAUCAAAUACUCCAAGUACUUCACUAUCCGUCCAGCAAGAAGUUCCUGCAGUUUUAAAUACGGAAACUGUGCAUGUUAAUUUAGAAAGAGGAGACAGGAAUCUCGAAAAUACAUCACAUGGAAAUCUCACUAAAAAUGUAGAAUUCGUGAACAUUCGUUCUGGUUUUUCAAAUGGUGAUCUUCUGGUAACAGUGUUGCCUGUAAAUGCAAGCUGGCCUUGGAUAACUGCAGCAAGAUUUAGACCUGAAUUAGUACCCGAAGAACUUAUGGCUCAAGGUUUAACACUAACUGUUGAAGAAUAUGUACAUGCGAUGGAACUCCUUGUAAAUGAUGCCCGUUUUACAUUGUACAACAUCUGUUAUAAACGGGUCCUUGUUUGUUGGAUUACAUUAGCAUUUGUGGUGCUUUUGUCUCUUCUCUUCUCUGGUUUAACUGGCCUGACACUUUUUUCACUUGGAGUGUUAUGGUUGAUACUCAAUGCUAUGGCCAUAUUCCUCUGUAUGUGGAUCAAGCUAAGACUAUCAAAGGGCCUGGAGCAGUGCUUGGGUAGUGUUAACAAGUUACUCACUAAGCAUAAUUUACUACUGGCUUUAGAUGACAGAGGAAAAAUUUCAUGCCAUAAAGUGAAUUUGUGUUUUAUAUAUUUUGAUUCUGGUCCAUGUAUUGCUCAUAUUCAACAAUUUAUUGAGAGUGAAGAAGGAAAAACUAUCAUGCAAGGAUGGGAACAAAGACUUGAUGUAACUGUCAAUGACAUUGUUAUACAAGGAAGUCAGUCUACAAGACUCUCCAGGAAACAGGAAAGGGCUGCGCUUCUUUUUUUACGAUACGCGGGACGAUGGGGAGCGUACGCCAUCAAAAAUCGACUAAACCUGAGCACCAUGGUGGCCGGCAGACACGGAGAGAAAUACGUCUGUCCGUGUCAAUUUAUUGAAGAACAUCUUAAAACUAAACCACCUGCAGGUCUUGCUAAAUUCUUCAUGUUACCCAGUCAAAAUAAUCAGUUAUACUGAAACGUGAAAACAAUCCGUCCAAAAUAAAUGCAUAGACACCUUGAAUGUCUAUCUUAGUUGUGUAAAAAUAGGGUAGCUGUAAGAGAUUGAAUCCGUACCUUUUCGAGAGAUUUAAAGCUUAGUUAUGUAUGCUGUUUAUUAUGUUUUGAAAAUGUCUCUAAUUACAAUAAGAAUAUCAGUAAACUCUGUUGGUAUUAUGUAGUGGGUUAUCAAUUUUGCCAUGCGUAAUGCUAUGGCACAAAGUACUUAAUCAUAUUUAGUAAGAACAUACUAACUUGUAUGCAAUCGAAAUUUAUAUUAAAAAAUUAAUAAUGUAAUUUGUAUAUUGUAAAAAUUGUCUAUAGUUAAAAAGGAAAUUUCGUGGACCAUUUAAUAAAUAUAGAUGUUUAUUCAACAUUUUCAAUGUUGUAUUCGUAUUAGUUUUAGAAAUUACAUAUUUAUGAGGAUAUAUAAUAUAAUUUUCAAAUUUAAUAAUAAAACGGUUUUAACGGGAGUCUUUAGAGCAGUCUGGUCCUGUUCAGGUUUGUUUGCGGGACUUUUUUUUUUUAUUGAGCAUAAUUCGUUGGUAAACCUACAAGAAUUUCUGCACAAAAUCUAAGCGGCCAUACAUAAAACUUCUGUUACACAUCUAUUUUACUUAAUGUGUAAUCUUCAUUUAUUUAGCUUUAAGUUUAUUUAUGGAAUUGUUACCUAUAUCACACAAUUACAUCCCUAUUUUUUUUACAUAAAAGACAAUUAAGUAAUUAUUAUUAACUAAAAAUGGUAUAUAAGGAAUUAAUUAUUUUUAUAUUUUCUUAAAUCAAUGUACUGUUUUAUUAUAUAACGGGUAAAAUAUCAUCACACGCACAAAGGUUUUAAGUGGGUAUGAAUAAAAAUAAUUAUUUAUUUUAAAGUAUUUAUUUCAGUUAUGUAAUAUUAAAUCACAAUAAUACUAGUCUUAAAGAAAUUGGUAAAUAAGAAGGAAAGCAGAUUAAAUACAUUACUAAUCAAAUUUUAAAAUUUCGGAAGUCCAUAUUUUGCAAAAUGUAAUAAUUCAAUACUUACAAUAUUUAAAAGGUAAGCCAAAGUUGCUAAACUAUUUUUAUAUUAAGAUCAUCAUAAGUCAGAGAUCUGAUAGUACUUUAAAAAUAAAUCCAACAUUAUAGAGAUCAUUCCUGUACAAGAUCUCAUUAAUUGAUGCUUAAAUAUAAUGUAAUAAUUGUUUAUAUUGUCAAAAUGUUGAAAUUUAUUCAAAUUAUGUUUGAAUUUUUUUGCUGUAAAUCCUGGAAAAUAUUAAAAUUCUGAUAAAUGUAAAAGUCAUUUUUAAUGGUAAAAUGAAUGUGAUGUGUGCCAUUAAAUGUGCGACUAUGUAUAAAUUCAUCCGUUUUAUGUCAUUGAUUUUUUUCAAGUUUAUUUUUGCAAAAGAUUAUAAAAGGUAACUGCUUUAUUGAGUAAGGAUAUUCUGAAAAAUAAUCUUAAGUUCUUAAAUGGUAUAAAAUGGUCCUUCCUCCUAAUGGUCUUUCGAUUUGUUAGCUUUUAUUAUUUAGGUUCAUUCUGAUAAGAAUUAUUAUUCGUUCUCAGCUUGACUUUUUUGUUGUUAAUUGUACGUUUACGGUAUUAAUAAAGCGUGAGGAAUUUCUAUAUAAAUAUGUGAAUUAUCGCUAUAAAAAAAACAUGUGUAAAAAGUAGGAAGAGUCGAUGUAAAGUGGAGUAGAUUUUUUUUACAGAAAUACAAAAUUGUUUUUUUCCGCGCAAGUAUUGUGUUCACUUGGUACAUAUCAAUAAGGUAUAAUGUUGAUAGGCAGCUGUUUUGGGGUUUGUAUAAAUGUGUGCUAACGAAAAUGUUCUUGAUUGUUAACUUGUGCCAAGAAAGCGUUAAUGCCUUAACAUUAUGUAAAUAUACAAUAUUAUUCUAUGUAACAAAUAUGCAUGAAUAUAUUUUUUCUUGUAUAUUUAAUCUCUGA